GUUGGUUGCGACAGGAGGUGACGUCACAACUGUGCAAAUCCAAACAUCAUCGACCAGCCAGCUGGAGCGUCCACUUUCCUCCUAAAGCAGCAUCCCCGGUCCUUCACACAACCUUUGGAUUCUAAUGCCAGCAUGGCUGCUCAGAAAAUAAACGAAGCCCACGAACACAUAGCCAAAGCCGAGAAAUGCUUAAAAACAAGCCUGACAAAGUGGAAGCCGGAUUUUGACAGCGCUGCCUCGGAAUACGCCAAAGCAGCUGUGUGCUUCAAGAACGCCAAGCAGUACGAGCAAGCCAAGGAUGCUUACCUGAAGGAGGCAGAAUAUCACACGGAAAACAAAACGCUUUUCCACGCUGCCAAGGCUAUUGAGCAAGCAGGCAUGAUGAUGAAGGAGCAGAAGAAGAUGCCGGAGGCCAUACAGUACAUUGAGAAGGCGUGCAUGAUGUACAUGGAGAACGGGACACCCGACACCGCCGCCAUGGCUCUGGACCGUGCCGGAAAACUGAUUGAGCCGCUGAACCUGGAGAAAGCAGUGGAUUUGUAUCAGAAAGCUGCUGGCGUUUUUGAGAAUGAGGACCGUUUGCGUCAGGCUGUGGAGCUGCUGGGAAAAGCCUCCCGGCUGCUGGUGAGGUUAAAAAGGCUGGAUGAGGCGGCAGUUGCUCUCCAGAAAGAGAAGAACAUGUACAAGGAGAUUGAGAACUUUCCAAUGUGCUUCAAGAAAACCACAGCUCAGGUGCUGAUACACCUCCACAGAGGCGACUACGUGGCGGCUGACAAGUGUGUCAGGGAGAGUUACAGCCUGCCGGGCUAUAGCGGCAGCGAGGACUGCGUCGCCAUGGAGACGCUGCUGCAGGGCUAUGACGAGCAGGAUGAAGAUCAGGUGUACCGCGUGUGCAACUCGCCACUGCUCAAGUACAUGGACAACGAUUACGCCAAACUGGCCAUCUCCCUGAGGGUCCCUGGGGGUGGGGGCAAGAAGAAGAAGGCUGCUGUGGCUCCACCAGGUGGUGCUGGCGGGGCGCCUGCUGCUGCAGACGAUGACGAUGAGUACGAGGGGGGGCUUUGUUAGCCACCUUGUGCGCCCCCUCCCCUCCUCCUCCUUCCCUCAUGAUAAAAACCUAAAUCUGUGCAUAAAAAUAGACAAAGCUUAUAAGAAGCUUAUUUACUGUAAAAAAGAAGUAAACAUUUGCUGUAGGUGUUGCAGGUAAAUCAGUUGUAAAGUUUUCAUUUGGGGUACGAAUGUGUAUCAUUUCUGGUGACUUGUGUUUACAUUUUUAUUUGUGUGUCUAAAAAUGAAUUGAAAACAAUCAGUAUGUAGUGAUUGAGUGAUGGAUUGAAUCAGUAUUAGGACAGAGACGAGAUGCAUUCAAUGCAUGAUUUGACGAGCUGGACAAGACGUGUCGUCCAGCUUCAGCAUUAAUGCAAAUAAAAGAAGACCUGAGCUUGUAGACAUGAUUAGUAGACUUACUUCCUGGGUGUCUACCUCCUGUUAGAUGGUGGAAGAUGUGUUGACUGCUCUUCAAAGCAACACAGCUGGAAAGGUUCAUUAAAGAGUUUGUCCUCUCACCCAAGUAUAUCUUGUUGACCCCCCCCCCAAAAAAAAAAAGUAUAUCUGAUGUAUAUGUUUGCACAUCAAUAAUAAAUACUUUCAAUGUGUGGGA